AUGAGUGAGGCUGUCGACGGUCAACCCGCCGUGGAAAACAACAAUGCGCCGCCAAUGCUGCCACAUUUGCAGCAGCAGCAGCAGCAGAAUGAGCACGCAAAUAUCGACUAUGAUCAGGAAGCGCGUAAGCUCGAGGAGAAGGCGGUUCGUUUUCUCGCCAAGCAAGCGCAUCCUGUGAUAAUUCCAUCAUUCGCAUCAUGGUUCAAGUUCUCUGAAGUACACGAAAUUGAGAAGAGGAUGCUGCCAGAUUUCUUCGACGAUUCUUCGAGGUUCAAAACUGAGAAAGGGUACAAGGAUGUGCGUAACUUCAUGAUUAAUACGUACAGACUGUCACCCUUCGAAUACCUAACGGUGACCGCGGUCAGAAGAAAUAUCGCCAUGGAUGUGGCAUCUAUUGUAAGGAUACAUGCGUUUUUGGAACAGUGGGGCCUGAUAAAUUACCAAAUUGACCCUAGAUCGAAGCCAUCGCUGCUUGGUCCUAGCUUCACUGGCCACUUCCAGAUAGUGUUGGAUACACCACAAGGGCUGAAACCAUUUUUACCCGCUGAAGUUAUUACUGAAACGGAAACACCAGAGGUUGAAGAGAGUAAAAAUGAUGCAGCUGAAACGACGCAAGAGAAAACGGAAGCUAAGACGGUCACGCGUAUCGUUCCACCCGAAAAGUUCCCUGUCAACUUAUCGCUGAGAAAAAACAUUUAUGAUAAUGGGCAAGACUUUAACUCCUUGCAAACCAACUCUCAGCAAUCUAGGCAGAUCCACAAGACUUACAUAUGUCACACCUGUGGUAAUGAUGCGGUAGGGAUCCGUUAUCACAAUCUGCGCUCCAGAGAUACUAAUUUAUGUUCACGCUGCUUUCAAGAAGGCCAUUUUAGUGCACAUUUUCAAUCCUCCGAUUUUAUUCGCUUAGAGAACAACGUUAAUACCAGAAAACAAUGGUCAGAUCAAGAAGUACUGCUUCUGCUUGAAGGUGUAGAGAUGUACGAGGAUGACUGGGAAAAGAUUGUUGAGCAUGUUGGAGGUUCAAAAUCUUUAGAAGAGUGCGUCGAAAAAUUCCUCGUUCUGCCUAUAGAAGAUCGCUACAUUGAUGAAGUUGUCACAGCUCCUGCAAAGGAAGCGGUUGCUAAGAAAAAUAUUGUAGACACAAAAGAUGCUGUAGAUGCAGCUAUCAAGGCCUUAAUCAAUGGCACAAAUGACAAAAUUCUCAAUGAAAACAUACCAGAAAAAGCAGACAGUAUUUCACAAAAGUAUUUGGAAGAAGCUCAACUUGUUGUCCAAGAUUUGAUAAAGUUGACUGUAGAGAAGGUGGACCUCAAGUUUAAGCAGCUAGAUUCUCUCGAAACUACUUUAAAUCAGGAGAGGGAAAAAUAUGUUAAGGAGGCCGAUAAGUUGUUGAAUGAGAAGCUCUCACUGAGCAAACAAAUUACAGAAUUAAAUGAUGAAAUGGCAAAACUGAACGUUUCGAAAAAGUUAGUCCUGCUAUCAGAGCAAGCAACCACUGGCAUAAAGCUAGUUGAAAAAGACGAGGAGGCACAAUCGAAGGAGAGAAAGGCUAAAAGAAUGGAGGAACUACAAAGCAUUUCACAUGUAGAACCUCAGUUAUAUAAACCUUGGUCCCUGUCUUAA